UUUUUUUUUUUUUUUAAUUUUUUUUUUUUUUUAAAUUUUAACGUUACUAUUGGUUUCACUGACGCUAUGUCUGAAGGCUCCCCUCGCUGCAAAGGUUACCGUUUGUUCUUUCUCCUUUCAUAGCAUUUUCCCUGAAUGAAGUGGGAUGGCAGAAGUGCCGCCCGGGCCCGACAGCGCACUGCCUUCACCCCAGGCCGAAAUUCUCCCCUUUGCCGGGAGCGGGUACAUCGGUUGCGGCGAAGCUGAGGAUCGCGGCUGCGGAUGUGGAAAUUAUAAGACGACGUCUGCGGGUGCAAGACAAGCACAGGUGCAUGAUGGGAAAGGCGCGAGCACAACGACUCGGAACCAUCUGUUCUCCUCGCAGCCCUCGGCCGCCCUCCACUUCCACACGCAGCCGCAGUUCCAGCAAGUGAACGGCUUGAAGAGCCCCGCGGAGGGCGGCGACCGCGGUCGAGUGCGGUUGUCAGCGGCCGAGCGCGGCGACGAGUGGGCCGAGGCCCCGGCCCCGGCGGACAGCAACGCGCUGAGCGACAGAAGAAAGGACGAGAAGAAGAAUGAGGAGCGCAGGUCGUGUGCGAAGGCGAGCCUCUUGGAGCGAUCGAGGAACAGAAACAACGUGCUGAGGACGAAUGGCAGCCCCGAGCUGCGCAGGACUGUGGGCGGGACGGCGGCGGGGAAGCGGCUGGAGUCGGACUCGCUGGGCGAGCGGAUGAUGAUGAUGAUGGAGCUGGAGAGGCUCCACCUGAGCGGUGUCCCCGAGCGGCCCGAGCGACCCGAUCAUCAGGGCGCCGAGUUCAUCCAGUACGUCCGAUACGAGUCGGAGCUGCAGAUGCCCGAUAUCAUGAGGUUGAUCACGAAGGACUUGUCGGAGCCCUACUCCAUUUACACCUACAGAUACUUCAUACACAACUGGCCGCAGCUCUGCUUUCUGGCAAUGGUGCGGAAGGAGUGUGUGGGUGCUAUCGUGUGCAAGUUGGACAUGCACAAGAAAAUGUUCCGCAGAGGCUACAUCGCCAUGCUGGCUGUAGACUCAAAGUACCGCAGGAAAAGCAUCGGUACCAAUUUGGUGAAGAACGCCAUCUACGCUAUGGUAGACGGGGACUGCGAUGAGGUGGUGCUGGAAACAGAAAUCACCAACAAAUGUGCCCUGAAGUUGUAUGAGAACCUGGGCUUUGUGAGGGACAAACGGCUCUUCCGCUACUACUUAAAUGGGGUGGAUGCGCUUCGGCUCAAACUAUGGCUGCGUUAAUCCCGUCCGUCCCACUCCUUCCACCAUCGCCGAUCCUCUCUCUUUACCCUUCGCCGUGGGAAUCCUUUGCCAGCCUGAAGGAACAAUAUUCCUCAUCUCAACCAUCCACAAAUGGAAAGUGACAAACAAAACAAUGAGUUCAAAGUGUGUAUGUUGAGUUCACCGAGUGCUAACAUGUAAGGCGAAGUUUGCUGCCAGCUCGCUCAAAGGUCAGAAAUUCAGAGACGACAAGCCGCUGUGGUUAUGCUGCACAAUCUAUGUAGAUAUUCACACUAGUGCAGUAAGCUAUGAAAAACCAGGCAAGAGCAAGACAAACAAAGGCCGUAUUUCACGUCUGGUUUAUACAGUCUGUGAUAAAAGUAAGAAACUACACAACAAAGAUCAUGCAAAAAAUUAUACUUUAUUUUUAUUGUAUUUUUCAAUUUUAUCCCUUAAGUUGAAGUGUGUGUUAGGAAAGUAAGUAUCGCAUGUGUGUUUACCAAGAUGUGGGCUGGGCAUUGGUUUCAGUGAAGUGUAUAUUUUUCUUGUUGUGUUUUCCAAUCUUAUUCUAGACUGGUGCUUUGUCCUGCCCAAUAUCCUUCUGCCCACUCUGGUUCAUACGCAAUGAGUAAAUGCACCUGAAUUCUCCUGCGUGUGCAAUAUUGCAGAUGUGAUUCAAGCAGAGGCGGUCACUGCUUGGUCAGUCGUUCAAAGGGCAAAUUACAGAAAUAUUCCAACAUAAUCUGGUGCCAGGCAACAAAAUUAUUUUGUAAAAGCCUGAUGUGAGAGAAUGUUAGAUUUUUGCGUUUUUUUCCCCUAUUUAACUUUGGUUCGCUGUCAGUAUUUCUAUUUAUUUCUUUUGUAACUGCAGUUUGUUUCAACUUGGUGCCGAAAUGGACACAAGUGAAGCAUAGGAGUCAUGCAGAAACUAUUUGUAGGUGGAUCUAAUUCUCUUGGGACAAAGGGGGGGGGGGGGUCCAGGACUUUGUUUCUAAUAAUUAUGAUUUUCAGUUUUUACCAUUUGCUACCUCCUCAUCUGGACUUGUUUCCACGAGAGCAAGAACACAGCUUAAGAGAAAAGGUGCAGCCUUUACCUCCCCACCCUCUUUACCUUUUUAAAUGUUCCUGCUCACCGCCAUUGCUACUCCGGUGUACCCAGUCCGUUUCUGGUGAACUGUUGCGGAAGCAGGAAAAUGUACCUUGAACAAUUUUUAGGUAUUAAAGCUGAGAAGGAGAAUAAAAACCAUGCCUUUAAUUUCAUUCAGAUC